CAAGAAUACUGCCAGACAGCCGAGGACCAGGGUGGGGAGGAUUGCAUCGGCAAGAGAGACACACACACACACACACAGAAAUAAUAGGGCAUGUGAAUUAGCCAAAGUGGAUGCAGCAUCACUGAGAGGCGCAGAGUGUAAGUGAGGGAGUGAAUGACAGCGAGGGACCAGAAGAAUACGCAUGUGUGAUCAGCACAAACGGGAAGGGUGAGGAGCUAAGCAGAGGAGAGGCACGGCUGCUUCACUGACUUCAGGCGAUCUCAGGGCUGGAGCCGUCCAUCCUGCCUCGUGGAGGGCUGCCUCUCUAACCACACACCGCCGAGACACACACAGAGACUCAGAGGACCUGUGGUCAUGGCAGACAUAGAAUCUCUCAGUGAGGCCAUGAAAGCCAUCAGUGUCAGCACAGAGCUGGUGGAGGAGGAGCUGAAGCCUCAUCUGGAUGUUCUACUCAACCUCCUAUUAGAGAAGAAGAAAGGAACAGCAGAGAAAAUAGUGUCCAGUGGUGUUCUGCCCAUACUUGCUCAAGUCCUGAGGAAGAAGAGUCCCCUCACCUCUCAAGUCACCUUACUGGUGGCAGAGAUGGCCAGAGAAGCUGCUGUGAGGGAGCGCUGUAUUGAAGCAGGUCUGGUGACCGCAUUAGUGCCUUUACUGAACAGCCCAGACCAGGACCAGCUCCUGCACACAGGCCGAGCAAUUGGACGUAUCUGCUUUGAAAAUGCUGUCCAGCAGACGCAGCUGGUGGAGAAUGGUGUAAUCCCCAGGCUGGUGGCCAUAAUGCAGCAGUAUCCUGAGAAUGACCCACUGGUAAACGUCUGCCUGCUGGCACUCUGCAACCUUGCUGAUGUGGAUGCUGCACGAGAGGCCCUGGUGGAAGUGGGUGUAGCGGAGGUCUUGACCUAUCAGCUGAAGCGGGCACCAGACGCAGAACGCCGGCAUCUCAUACUAGAGGUUCUUGGGUCACUGGGAGAGAGUGAUGUUCUGAAACUGCAGUUUGUGGAAGCAGGCGUGCCCGAGGCUCUCUCUGAAAUGAUUCGAACUCUUCAGGGUGGCUCUGACACACAUGACCUCUGCAGCAUAAAAGUGGCCUCAAACCUCAUAGUGACCCUCCUACUGGGAGAUGAAUCAAUGCAGAAGUGUUUUGGGGAAGGGACGGGGAUGGUUUAUCAGGAUGUUCUCUCCUGGAUACAGUCAGCAAAUACUGAGCUGCAGUUGUCAGGAGCCCUGGCCAUUGCUAACUUUGCCAGAAAUGACAGCAACUGUGUGAAAAUGUUGGAUUUAGGAGUUGUUCCUCGUAUUCUGGACCUGUUGGAGCAGCAUGUAGCAGAGGGAGAUGUAUCUGUGCAGCACGCUGGCCUCAGUGCACUUAGAAAUCUUGCCAUUCCAGCUUCCAAUAAGGUGCGUAUGUUGGAGGAUGGAGUCACAGAGAGGAUCAGGACCCUUCUGCGCUCCGACAUGCCCCCCGUCCAGUUCAAACUGCUGGGCACUUUGCGCAUGAUGGUGGACGGCCAAGAGGAAGCAGCUUCAGUUUUAGGGAAGGAUGAGGUUCUGUUAGCACGGGUGAUGGAGUGGUGCGAGGCUAAAGAUCACGCUGGUGUCAGAGGCGAGGCCAACCGUCUUUUAGCAGCUCUCAUAAGACACAGCCGAAACCCUGAAGUCAUCCACACUGUCAUUAAAGCAGAUGGAGUCCAACAUCUCAUCUCAAUGGCAACCAGUGAGCACGUCAUCAUGCAGAAUGAGGCUUUAGUCGCUUUGGCCAUUGCUUCUGCAAUAGACAUCGAGGCAGUGCAAGAACCAUUUCGGGAUGCAGAUCUCCUUCCCACCUUGCAGAAGAUGCUAGAUGACCCUGUUGUGGCCGUGGAGGUCAAAUUCAGUGCUUUAGGCCUCAUCUGCAGCCUUGCCAACUCUAGCAUGUUACGGGAGCAGAUAACGUCUCUAAACCUGAGGGACACCCUGUCCAAACUGUCCACUCACACCAGCACAAAGCUGGCUAAGCAGGCCGACACGGUGAUGGCUGUUCUUUCUGAGACCGCUUAGACUUGCAUAGUCAUCUUCCAGACACACUUACAGAUAUCCUUAUGGGGAUAUUUUCUGACAUUUCAUCCCCAUAAGGAUAGUGAAACACACACACACACACAGUUACUCCAUCUAGCUUGGCAUGUAGUCAGACCAAAGCAAUACAUAUUUACCUAACUCACUUCGGAGACAUGUGGUGCGAUUUAAUCAUCUAAAGUAGGAGGAAGUCAGUUUGUCCAUAAUAGAUGUCAUUUGUUGUCAGUUGUCCCAGGAACAGGAACUUUUGGGAGACAGACUAUCCAUCAGGCAUCAGUAAUUAACCUGCUACCCUCCGAAACAAGUGUUCAAGUGUUCAGUGGAAAAUAACUUCGUAAAUAUCUGCAUACAAACAUGCAAUUAUACUCUCCAUGGACUUCCAUUAUAAGAGCACUAGAUCUAGCGAAGCCGCUGUAUCUAUCUAUGAGCUUGCUGUCUAUCCAUGGAAAUAAAAAUAAUAACAAAUGUUGCAUACCAAUGUACUGCACUGCUCUUAAUAUGAGUAGUGUUAUAUUUGUCUUGUGGUUUCUUUUAUCAGACUACAUUAACACUGCUGAAGUGAUAUUUCAUCUUAAAGUUAUAUAAUGUUGAAUGUAAAAUAUAUAUUGUUAGGAAAGAGUAUGUCUUGGGUUGUCUAUUUUCAUAUCAUAGCUGGCCUUACUACUUUAGUUUUCUGGUGUAGGGCUUUUUAAUGCAGAUUAUUUGAUCAUGUUGAUCAUUUAUUUCUAGCUAGCCAUGAGCACAAAACUGAAUCUCCAUAUCAUGAAAGCAAUAGCCAGAAACAUAUCAAGAAGAGUUCUUGAGCUUCCUUAGUCUAAAUAAAAAAGCAAUCAUCAUUGAUAACUCUAGCAGUGUUGUGUAAAUGCUGUUGUUGUGUUUGCAUCUUUAUAUCCAUGUCUUAAAAAUUGUUUGCUCAGUUUCUGUCAAGGUCAGACUCCAGACGAUCGACAAAACAGAGCAAUUUUAGUGAAUACUGUGUCAGCGGAAGUAAUGUUUUGAACCAUGUCUGUGAGUGUGUCGCUUGUAUAUUUCCAGAGACAAAUGACCUGAGGGCAACGACAGACUUUUCAGAGUUAACAAGCUGAAUGUGCGAGGUGGCUCGGCCGUGGCCAAUUAGAAGGCUUCAUGCAGCACUGAAGAUCACCAGGUUCUUCAUAGCUUGACAAAUAGCACAAUCUCUGUCCGUCCUCCAUAGCUGAGCUAAUGGGUGUUGAUUACAUUUUUAAAUAAAUAGACUAUUUUUGUGUGUAAAGUGUACGGUUUACCAGAACAGCUUGUAUCUGGCAAUAAAGUGAAAAUAAAGUGAGAUUGCCCGUUUUUAUACUGUGAUGUUAAGGCUGCGGAAAAAAAAACAUCAAUAUUGUGCAAUA